GCAGAUACAGACAGUGAGAGGACUGGGCAGACAGACAGAGUAGAGUGCAAAGAAGUUUGGGUUUUAAAGUGCAAGUCAGCAGUGCAGUUUGUUCAUUCACACCAGUCUCAUCAUCACUAACUAUCCUAAACAACUAGGAAAAUAAUCCAGAUUUUGACUCUUUUUUGGCUCUAGGUGCGCUGACGCGUACAUCGACCUGUUGGUUCAUUCUGGCUCGAAACUCUCAAUUCUUUGGAUAAACUCGCGCAAACUUUUGCAAAACGCCGCGAAGAAAGGCAAUGUAGAGAAGAAGGUGUGGAGAGAGCAGCCUCGGUGAGAGGGUGAUGUGACCCUGCGUAAACUCCAAUGACCAGCUCUCUCUCUCGCUCUCUCUCAAAAACACGUGAAACAGCAGCAGCGUGUCCGUGUCCAGGGCUCGAGCCAGCAUGACUAUGUCCGGCGGUCUGUCGGAUACUUGUCAGCUCAUUUUACGCGACCGCAUGGAGCCGGAGAUGUGGAAGUAGGCUACUUCAUCCAUGCUUUCUGGAGAAUAGCUGCUGCAACACGUCGGGAAGUGAAAACAAGCUACCGUGCACACUUUUGGAAAGAGCUACGAUGCGGGGCACUUUGGGCGCAUUCAUUCAGUCCUGUGCGCUACUGCUGGUCCGAGCAGACCAGUGGAGGCUGAAGGACUCCGCCAACUGCGAGCUGAACAAGAAACAAACUGACUUAAACUCCUUCCUGUGGACGAUCAAACGGGACCCUCCCUCAUAUUUCUAUGGUACAAUCCACGUUCCCUACACGCGCGUUUGGGACUUCAUCCCCGAAAACUCCAAGCAGGCCUUCCAGGAGAGCAACAUCGUCUACUUUGAGCUGGACCUGACGGACCCUUACACCAUCUCAGCCCUGACCAGCUGCCAGCUGCUCCCUCAGGGCGAGAACCUGCAGGAUGUCCUGCCCAGAGACAUCUAUCGGAGACUUAAAAGACACCUUGAGUAUGUAAAACUCAUGAUGCCUUCAUGGAUGACCCCAGAUCAGAGAGGGAAGGGACUCUAUGCGGACUACCUCUUCAACGCCAUUGCUGGGAACUGGGAGAGGAAGCGACCCGUUUGGGUGAUGCUGAUGGUGAAUUCGUUAACCGAGGCAGAUAUUAAGACACGAGGGGUGCCGGUGCUGGACUUGUACCUGGCCCAGGAGGCCGAGAGGAUGAGGAAGAGGACGGGGGCUGUCGAGAAGGUGGAGGAGCAGUGCCAUCCACUCAACGGGCUCAACUUCUCCCAGGUGAUCUUUGCCCUGAACCAGACGCUAUUACAGCAGGAGUCUUUAAGGGCAGGAAGCUUACAGAUCCCGUACACUACCGAAGACCUCAUCAGACACUACAACUGUGGAGAUCUCAACUCCAUCAUUUUCAAUCAUGACACCUCACAGGUCCCUAACUUCAAUAAUGUGACACUGCCACCCAGCGAGCAGGAGACCGCCCAGGAAAUAGACAGCUACUUUCGACAGGAACUCAUCUACAAGAGGAACGAGAGGAUGGGGAAGAGGGUCAAGGCACUACUAGAGGAACACCCUGACAAGAGCUUCUUCUUCGCCUUCGGAGCAGGUCACUUUCUCGGCAACAGUACAGUCAUUGAUGUCCUUCGUCGCCAGGGAUACGAGGUGGAGCACACCCCUGCUGGGCAGCCGGUAAACAGGAGAUCAUCAUCCAGACCUGACUCGCCAGGGUCAGGAGACCAUGAUGAGUCCCCUCUUUUGGAGCCUUUCCUCCACGAGCUCCCCUACAAAGAGGACGAUCAGGGGCGUCCCCUGGAGGACGAUCUGUUACCCCACAUGCUUCUGCCACCGGAACUGCUGGAGAAAGCAGAGAGGAAAAUGCUGAAGAAAAAGAGGAGGAACAAGCCGAAGAAACAGCGGCACCGGCAUUUUAAUGACCUGUGGGUUCGCAUGGAGGAGAGCACUAUGGUCCAGUCUCCACCUCCCCCGCUGGUUCGCAUCAUCAAUGGUUACAUCACAGUGCAGCCACCUGACAGAGUUCACAGCCACUACAACUACCAACCCACAUCUUCGGCGUCGACCACCUCCCUGUCCUUACCAUCUAUUCAUGUCUUCCUCUGCACAUUGCUUACAGUGAUCCCACAGACCUGGACUGCAUUCCUCUAGUGGAGCAUUCGUUGGGACUCUAUAAAAACAGUCAGCCUUCAUGAGUAUAAACUCUCACAUGUGGUGGUUUCAUGUAUCAGCUCAUGUAAAGCGAGGUCUGAUCAUGUAUCAUAAGACCUAGAGGAGGCCUCAAAAGUGUGGUGACUCUCAGAGACUGUUCACGAAAAAAAGCAUGGAGAAAGGAUGUGAAAUCAGCUCUAGCUGUCGGGUAACAGUACACUCCAUGGAUGUUAAGUUAGAUAAAGUUUGUGUUGAAUGGUAAAUAAUGUCAAUAGAGCAUGUCUCUUACAAAUUGAGGCCUUGAUGAGCAUGUAAGUUUAUAUAACGUUAGGUUUCUUGGAACAUAAAGGUUUCAUAAGGUUUCAGUUAUUUUACACACACACACACACACACACACACACACACACAGCAGGAACGGGUACACAGAACGCAGCCGAAAGACAAAGCGAAAGCUCACAAACAGGAUGUGUUAUCGGACAUCUCUCUGACAUUACACAACAUGUCAGUUCCCUUAGUGUUACAAUAGACACUCAACAUUCAAACCUAUGAGGAUAUGAGAUCUUACUGAAGCGACUGUUCAGUGAAUGAACACGAGAACAUGGCUGAAACUAUUGCUGAAUAUCAAAUACCUUCAAUAAGUACAACUAGAACCAUAUGUCCUUUGUGUGUAUGCGUGUGUGUGUGUGUGUGUGUGUGUGUGUGUGUGUGUGUGUGUGUGUGUGUGUGUGUGUGUGUGUGUGUGUGUGUGUGUGUGUGUGUGUGUGUGUGUGUGUGUGUGUGUGUGUGUGCGUGCGUGCGUGCGUGCGUGCGUGCGUGCGCGCGCGCGCGAGACAGAGACAAACAAAGUCUAUCAGCUCUUAAACCCCCUUGGCCUUACAAACAGAGGUUUUCUCUUCAGACUGUAUAUUAUUCUUCCAUUUUAGAAGAAUUUGUUUAAUGUUGCAUAAAUGUGGGGGGGGGGGGGGGGAUUGUACAUAUUGUUUCUAAAUAUUAUAGAUGUAUUUUAGAAUUAUAAAAAAUUUAAAAUUAUCAAAAGUGUUGUUGUUUAUAUAAAUAUAUAAAUAGAUAUGCAGUAUAUUUUUGAAAAGAAAAUCAGGAACUAACCACCAUAGCCCGUGUCAUGUGUCUCACUGAAAUGACAUUUUUGGAAGGGACAUAUGAUUGUAUUGUACUUUAUGUGUAUCAGUGUUAUCACUUGCUUUGUUGUAUGUGUCUGCUGAAAGGAUUCUCCUUACGUAUGUAUGUGUUUUUUCACAUAGAGAUCAUUUGUUUAAUUUAUUUAACUUUUAUAGUUUUGCUGUAGGCCAUAUGAAACAUCCACAUUUUUUGCAGUCACCAUGAUUUCCAAAUGUGUUAUUUCAAAUGUGUUCAAGUAUGAUUUCAAAUGCAUAUGAUGGUCAUAAUAAUAAUAAUAAUUCAGUUUUAAAUACAUAAGGCUGUAUACA